AAUAAGCUCAUAAUUCGGAGAUCUGGCUGCAACUGUCACUAGGCCUUGCAGCCACAUCCCACGUGCUCGGUUCCCACCAAUUUGCCCCGCGUGAUGACGUUUUGCCUGGGUUCCGGAUUAAGCCGGACCUGACCAGUUUCGCUCCGGGCUCCUCUGUUCCAUCGAUCCGCCCGCCGGUAGUUACGAUGCCGCAGAAGAAACCGACCCGAAACCCUUUCUAUUUCUUCAUGUUGGAGAAGAUCCCGGAGCUGAGGCGGCAGGGCUUCGAGGUGAAGGGGUUGAAGGACGCGGCCCCGCUCUGCAGCUCGGCCUGGAUGUCACUGUCAGCGCUGGAAAAAGAGAAGUUUGCACAAAUGGCGCAUGAAUGGAAAACUGAGAAAGGCAACAAGACGUUUAAUGAACCUUCAAUGAAACCGUUGCAAAACCCCAUCUUCUCUGUAACAGCAACGGGAAUGAAUAAUCCUCCUACAUCCUGGUCUGGUGAUGAAGGAGUCUGUGAUGAGGUUUUCCAUUUUGUUAGUGUCUUGAGCCUGGCGGAUCUCCCCCCAAACUGUGAACAACGCUUCCUUCCUUGUGAAAUGGCUUGCGUUAAAUAUUCAUUGAAGAAUGGCAUCAUCAAUGAAUUUCAUUGCUUCAUAGAUCCAGGCAUGAUCCCAUGUGGUUUUCGUUACCAUUGCCAAGUAUCAAGUGAUGCCACUCACAGAAUUCCACUUUCAAACUUUGAACUUGCAAGUUCCAGUUACAGUGAGAUCUUUCAACGAUUCUGUGCUUUUCUGAGGCCAGUAAGAAGCAGUGGUUUCCCUCCAGUUUACUGUAAGUUAGCCGAGUGCUUCAGAGUAAAUUGGUGUCUGAGCUGGUUGGCUAGAAAAGCAGGUAGAGGUACUCCAGUGAAUGUUUUUGAGCUUGAAGAACUGAUAGAGAAACUUUAUGAGCACAAACUGAAAGAAAAACCAUCCAAAGCUAGUGUGGAGAGAAUGCUGGAUGUCAUGAUUUGGGAUUAUGCGACAAAUACUAGAUGCAAAUGGCAUGAUGAGCAUGACAUUGUGUACUGUGCCUUAGCAACAACCAAGAAAUAUGCGUAUUGUAUCAGUGAUUCUUUGGCUUCCAUCUAUAAAUUUGAGGUUACUUCAGCACACGUCCCAAAAAAGGAGUUGACAUACGGCACAAAGUUGAACCCUAAAGUGCUAGUAUUGGACAACUACUAUCAGCAAGUAAAACCAAAGAAUAAUUUGAGGAAAUAUAUCCAUUUGCCUGUUGAAUCUAUAGCUUCGAAUGUCUCCAGCGAUAGAAGCUGUGAAUCAGCAUCCAGUUUAAGGGAUUAUCCCAUCGCAGCGCAGUUCGGGAGAGGAAGAGGGGCUCUGGCUGCUUGGCUGAAUUUUCCAUCUCGCUCACCACCAGGAUUUCAGCAGUAAAUAUAUUCAAUAAUACGCAAAACUGUUGUAAAGAAAGAGGUUUAAUAUAGCUGUUUGCUUUGAUGUUUGGUGAUAGGUUUUUUUGUAUGCAUACUUGAAGCAUAAAUAAUGUCAUGUGGGAAUACUGCAAUAUCACAGUCUGAAACUUGCUAUUGGGCAGUUUUUCAGGGAUACCACUUGUAAGUUUGCAGUUGCAUGAUUAUAACAAGCUAAGAGCUUUUUUCUAAGGUGUAAAAGAUAAAUAUUAUAAAAACAUGCCUAAGUCAGUUUUCAAAUGACAGUAUAAUGGGAAAUCACCAAUGCAUAUUUUAUGCAUCUGAACAUGGGAUUUUGAUUUGCUGGAGCAGGUUACUAAGUUUGUUUUG